AUGAGUGGUGGUUGGAAUACCAUCGAGUCCGAUGCUCUCCAGGGCGUUUUUACCUACCUCCUCGACAACCUUGGCGUAAAAGACGUCCAGUUCGAGGAGCUCCUCUCCCUCGACCCCGACGCCCUCGCGCAGCUGUACCCGGUCUACGGCGUCAUCUUCCUCUUCAAGUUCCCCACCGACACUCCCUACCACGCCGGCGACAAGCCCCUCGACGGCACCUUUGACGAAGAUGCCUCGGAGCGCCUCUUCUUCGCCGCGCAGACCAUCCAGAACGCCUGCGGCACGCAGGCCCUGCUCAGCGUCCUGCUCAACAAGACCCCCGACGGCACCACCCCGCCCGACGAGACCAUCAACAUCGGGCCGACGCUCACCGACUUCCGCGACUUCACCAUGGCGCUGCCGCCCGAGUACCGCGGCGAGGCCCUCUCCAACAGCGAGCUGAUCCGCGACGUGCACAACAGCUUCGCGCGCUCCUCCCCCUUCGCCGACGAGACCCAGCGCCAGGCCGGCGACGAGGGCGAGGACGCCUUCCACUUCGUGGCCUACACCGCCGUCAACGGCACGCUGUACGAGCUGGACGGCCUGCAGCGGGCGCCCAUCAGCCACGGGCCGUGCGGCGGGCCGGGGCAGGAGGGGGGGGAGGCCGGGUUCCCCGCGCGGGUGAUGGAGGUGCUGCAGCGGCGGGUGGCGCGGUACGACGCGGCCGAGAUCCGCUUCAACCUGCUGGCCAUGGUGCGCGACCUGCGGGUGCGGGCGCGCGAGAUCGGCGACCCGGAGAUGCUCGCGCGCGAGGAGCGCAAACGCCGCGACUGGCAGUUCGAGAACGCCCUGCGCCGCCACAACUUUGUCGGCUUCGCCGGCGAGGUGCUCAAGGGCGUUGUCGCUGCCAAGUUGAAGGAGGGCGGCGGCGCGUACGAGACGUGGGUGGAGCAGGGGAAGCAGAAGAUGCUCAAGAGGGCGGAGGAGCGGAAGAAGGGGGCUGGUGGCGGGGGAGGGGGAGAUGUGGAGAUGGCUGGGUAG